AUCCAAAGAACCAUGAUUUUGGUUUCAGUUUCAAUUUGACUUGGGACCAGAAUCAAUGACAAUCUAUUCCAAGAACGAUGUCUCGUGGUUUUUCAUCAUUGUACUUUUAUAACUGGGCUUCUCAAUGACUUCGGAGAAAGGACCAACAGCUCAACACAAUAACUCGAACUAUGUUAUUUCUUUACGCUAUUGACUGUUUUCGUCAUUGUACUGUAUACUAAUCACCAUGGAGUGGUGUGAAAUGUAGAUGUAAAACAGUACAUCUUUGGACUGGAAAAAUAACAUCAGAAGACCACUAAUAGUAUAUCUGUGGACCAAUAAUAGUACAUUUGUGGGCCACUUAUAGUAGUUAGAGUUAUGGAACUAACUAAGCCAAUCUACAAAAAUGGAAAAUUUGAAAAUCCUUGGGAAACAUGGCAUAAACCUUCCUUGUGGAAUUUAGUAAAGUUCAAGAUCCGAGACGUUGAUCACAGUAAUAUACCGAACCGAGAGGAGCUAGAUGUGACCCUGCCACUGAUAAAACUUGACCAGGAUAGACUGAAGAACCCUGACCCUUCCUGUGUCCAUUUGGUGUGGAUUGGUCAUGCCACUGUGCUUGUCCAACUGGACGGUCUAACCAUCCUGGCUGACCCCAUUUUUAGUGAGCGCUGUUCAUUUUCACAGCAUAUGGGUCCAAAGAGAUACAGGGCACCACCCUGUACCAUACAGGAGUUACCUCCCCUUGACAUUGUACUUAUCAGUCAUAACCACUAUGACCAUCUCGACUUGGAAUCGGUGAAACAAUUGAUUAGCAAGUAUGGCUCAAGUAUCCAUUGGUUUGUACCAUUAGGACUAAAGGGCUGGAUGACAAAUGUGGGAUGCCUGAAUGUAACAGAGUUGUCCUGGUGGGAAGAGGAGAAAGUUGUUGGAAAACAGGGGGAGGUAACUGUAGCCUUCACACCAACUCAACACUGGUCCAGAAGAUCAUGGAAUGAUGAAAAUAAAUCUCUGUGGGGAAGCUGGGUUGUGAAAGGACCUAAUCACAGCUUGUUCUUCGCUGGAGACACUGGUUACUGUGAUGGGUUUAAACAGAUUGGACAGAAGUAUGGUCCUUUCUCCUUAGCUGCCAUACCAAUAGGUUCAUAUGAACCAAGGUGGUUCAUGUAUCCUCAACAUGUAAAUCCAGAGGAAGCCGUUCAGAUCCACAUCGACACAAAAUCUCAAAAUUCUGUUGGAAUCCACUGGGGUACAUUCAAACAACUAGGUUGUUUUGAGCAUUAUUUGGAGCCAAGAGAAAAGGUUGAAGCAGAACUUAAAAGACGAGGCUUGUUAGAAGGAUCUUUCUUUACCCUCAAGCAUGGCGAGGUCAAAUGUAUCACAGAUUGAGAAUAAUGAAUAUGUAUAAGUAGACUUAGAAUAAUGAAUAUGCAUUGGUAGACUGAGGGUAAUGAAUAUGUAUUAGUAGACUGAAAAUAAUGAAUAUGUAUUAGAAAACUAAGGAUAAUGAAUAUGUAUAAACGGAGUGAGAAUAAUGAAUAUGUAUAAACAGACUGAAAAUAAUGAAUAUGUAUUAGUACACUGAGAAUAAUGAAUAUGUAUAAACAGACUGAGAAUAAUGAAUAUGUAUUAGUACACUGAGAAUAGAAUAAUGAAUAUGUAUUAGUAUCUUUAACAAGGAAUGAACACAUCAUAUUUCAGGUUUAUUGUUGAAAAAUGAAUGAAUGUUGAACUUAAACAAAGAUGAAAACUGCCCAAUAUUUGGAUUGGUUUGUGUAUUGGAAAUUUGCAGUUUCUCAGUUUGCUGCAUCAAUGGAUUCACUUGAUUCUUAUUUCCACACGGGAAGUUCCUGGUUCAACCUCCUUUAUAAAGUUAUAGCAGGGAAAGUAUUAGGACUAUGUCCAAUCUACUGUACAAUGUAAAGUGUCUCUAUACAAUGUUAUGUUCUAUGUAAUUUCAUAUCAAUAAAU